AUGCCUGCUGCCGGCCUGCGCGCAGCACGGCGGGGGGCGGGGGGCGGGGGGCUGCCGCUGGGGCCUCUCGAGCCCGGCCAGGCCGCGAGCCCUGACCCCACCUCUGUCCCCAGAGAGUGCAGGCGCACCCAGGGCGUGUCCACCACGGACCUGGUUGGCCGCAUGUUGCUGGUGACCAAGGCUCAUCACAGCUGUGAGGAGAUGUCCUCCGAGUACCGGGAAUACGCAGACAGCUUUGGCAAGUGCCCGGGGGGGCGGAACCCCUGGACGGGGGUGUCCCAGUUCCUGCAGACGUCUCAGAAGAUCAUCCAGUUUGCUUCUGGGAAAGAACCCCAGCCUGGGGAGACGGUCAUCUACGUGGCUGGUGCCUUCGACCUGUUCCACAUCGGCCACGUGGACUUCCUGGAGAAGGUGCACGGCCUGGCAGAGAGGCCCUACGUCAUCGCUGGCCUGCACUUCGACCAGGAGGUCAACCACUACAAGGGGAAGAACUACCCCAUCAUGAACUUGCACGAGCGGACCCUGAGCGUGCUGGCCUGCCGGUAUGUGUCGGAAGUGGUGAUUGGGGCCCCGUAUUCGGUCACAGCGGAGCUCCUGGACCACUUCAAGGUGGACUUGGUGUGUCAUGGGAAGACAGAGAUCGUGCCUGACAGGGACGGCUCAGAUCCUUACCAGGAGCCCAAGAGAAGGGGCAUCUUCUGUCAGAUUGACAGCGGGAACGACCUCACCACGGACCUCAUCGUCCAGCGCAUCAUCAAAAACAGGCUAGAGUACGAGGCCCGGAACCAGAAGAAGGAGGCCAAGGAGUUGGCGUUCCUAGAAGCCAGGCGUCGGCAGGAGGUGCAUCCUGAGAGGGAGAGCGACUGUGACUUCUGAGCAGCGGAAGGCACCGCGGCGCCCCGGUGCCGGCCCACUCCCUGCUCGCCGCCCGCGCUGUGCGGGCUUGGUUCCCACGGCUCGUAACAAAGCUGCAGUGCUCCCUCUAAGCGGCCGGAUCUCGGGAGGCCAGAGUGGGGGGCGCUGCCUCCCACCCCACCCGCCAGGUGCCCUUCCCGCAGGGCUGCACAGAGAGGGCACGCAGCACAGUGGGGUGGCCCUGCGAACGGGGUGAGCGGACAGCACCUGCGGCUGGAGGGGCACUGCCCUGUGUGCCAGUGAAGGCCCGCCCCGCCCCCGAAGCUCCGCAGACCCGGGAUGGCCCUGCUGCCCAGCUCGAGCUGGUGCCCGCUCUGCCCUGUGGAUCAUUGAGGCUGGUCUCAGGGGAGCAGAGACCCAGGCAGGGCACCCCCUUUCCGCCUCAGGGUACAGAUGGUGCCUUCUCCUGCGGAGGCACCUGCUGGCCCAUAGCACGUCCCUAGUGCCCUGAGCCAGGCUCAUGGGUGCUGUGCCCCCCCUUCCCAGGCCAGCCUCCAGCUCUCGCCACAGAUGGUUCUUGAUUUUGUACCAGACUGGCUGGGGUACAACCCAAUAAACCUGGCGAGAGGUAUUCUG